AUGGCCGACACGCUACGAAGACUGGUGAACACAUCGUCUUUCAGCGUUCUGCAGCAGAAAUUAGAGUCCUGGUACAAAGAUUAUCAUUUAAUCUCGUGUGAUCAGAACUUAAAUCGCUGCUGUGAGCUGGUGGAGCUCACCUCAAAGAUCCAGGGUCAGCUGUUCACCAUACUCAACCUCACUGCACGGGAAGGUGGUCACUAUGCUGGAGUAGAUACCCUAAAGUCACGUCUGCUGCCAUGGCUCAGUACCUGCUUUACCAUGGCAUCUUCCUCUGUCACCACAGACACCAGCCUGAAUCUCAUUCAGGAGUCUGUGGAGAAGGAGCGUAAGAUUCGGGAGCUUUCUGCGUCGCAUGAGAGCGACAUGCAGAAGAUGGAGGAUCAGCUGUGCUCCACACGCAUAGAGCUGGACUCAGUCAAACAGGAGUUGGUUGAUGCUCAAAUGGAACUAGAUCAAACAAAAAACAAAUCUGCGACAACCCUGCUAGCGACGGAGGAUGAGAUUCUACAGCUUAAUGCAGAGCUACGGGCAGCACGUGAUCAGGUGGAUCUGUAUAAGAGGAAGCUGGAUGUGUUGGAUGACUAUGAGAGGCAGGUCAGAAGACUGAGAGAUGAAGUCACAUUUCUCACUGCCGAGAAGACCGUGCUCCAGGAGAGGUUAGUGAGGAGUCGUUCUCCCAGCCCUCUUCCACGGCGGAGUCGUCCUGGAAGCCCAGUGAGGAGCGAAUCUCCCACGCGCGCCCAGCUCACCAACUCCUCUCGACACGCCCGCUUGGUCUCGCGUUUCUCCGAUCUGUAUGCCACCGAGCGCCUGGAGGCCCAGAGCCUCCUGCGCAGAUACAUCGACGACAUGGAGACUGUGCAGAGGAUUAUAUUCAUUGCCACUGUGGAGUCCUUCCAGGCCGCUAAGCUGGCUUACCGUCAGUUUAAAAUACGUGUGAGGAAGACUCUGGCCGUGACCCACGUUGGCCCUGAGAGCCUGGAGGACGCUGUGGUGGAUUACAUUGUUAGGAACCUGGACCUGUAUGACGUGCAGGCUAGCGUCAAUGAUGUCAUAAACUCCAUGAAUGUGAAUCCACGGAUCUCCUUCCCUCCAGAGGUGGAUUUUGUGCUGAUCAGUAGCUUCAUCAGGGAGAUGUGUAGAGUUGCCUUUGCCAUGCAAACUCUUGAUCCUCCGCUGGACCUGGCAUUCAGCAGUGACGGAGAACUCUACAGUGACAUUAAGUAUAGGCGUAGUUAUGACUCAGAGUUCACAGCCCCUCUGGUUGUGUAUCAUGUGUGGCCUGCUCUAAUGGAGGGAGACACUGUGGUUAUGAAGGGUGAAGCAGUGACCAGGAGGGGUGCUCUGUGGAGGAGCAGAAGCCGCAGCUCCAGCCCCGUACGCUCUCGCUCAGGAAGCCCUGUCCGCACUCUCAGGUCUACUCGUAGUCAGAGCCCCUCCCCCGGACGUCUGUCUGCCAGUCUACUGUAA